GCAACUGCCUGUUUCCUAGGCUAGGCCUCUCACACGACUGGAGGACAGAUACUUGGUAGUUCCAGGGUCUGGGCACAGUAGGUACUCAGAUAAUAUUUUCUGAAUGAUUAAAGAUUCUGUCUGAAGUCUUGGUUAAUAUUGUGACUCUAAAGCCCAGGUUUCCCCAUGAGCCAUUACAAGCAGCUGGUCCAUACCAGGCAGAUUCCUGUAACUGAUUAGCUACAGGUUGGAGUAAUCGAAGAAGGCUCCCUGGAGAAGGUGGAGUUGGGAGGACAAUUCAAAUUUGGAAAGACAGGUGAAAGAUCUGUGUGUCUCAGGACACAUUCCAUCCUGCUUGCAUGAGGAUUCUUUGCAGGUGUGUUUUGUCGCUGGACCAGACUGGAAGCUCUUUGGGGAAGGGGGCAUGUCUCACUGUUUCCUCAGUGCUGGCCCCACGCUGAGGCUCCAGCUCUUCGGCAGCAUGGCCUUCACCGGCAAGUAUGAGAUUGAGAGCGAGAAGAACUACGAUGAUUUCAUGAAGCGCCUGGGGCUCUCCGGCGACACGAUUGAAAAGGGCCGCAAUUUCAAGGUCGUCUCGGAGAUACAGCAGGACGGGCAGAACUUCACCUGGUCCCAGCACUACCCCGGGGGCCACUCCAUUUCCAACAGUUUCACCGUUGGCAAGGAGACCGAGAUGGAGACCGUGGGAAACAAGAAGUUCAAGGUCUCCGUGAAGAUGGAGGGUGGGAAGGUGGUUGUGGACUCCCCCCACUACCACCACACUGCGGAGAUUGUGGAUGGCAAGCUGGUGGAGGUCUCCACCUUUGGAGGUGUGAUCUAUGAGCGCGUGAGCAAGAAGGUGGCCUAAGCUGGCCUGAGCUGGCGGGUAGGGCUCCUCGGGGGCCAUAAAGCCGUAUCAAUAAAGCUGAUGUAACAAGA